AUGUUAAUAAGUCGCUAUGACAGACAGUUACGGUUAUGGGGGGAAACUGGGCAGCAAUGCUUAAAAUCGUCUCAUAUUCUCGUUGUGGAUUUUAAUUAUAGUGCUCUUUUACUAGAAGUCGUGAAAAACCUCGCCUUGACAGGCAUAGGUAAACUAUCACUUUUGGUGGAGACGAAUAAUGAUGAGCAUGGAACCUUUUUUGACGACAGCUCGUUACGGGUUCUGAAUACAGAAGUUGAAUUGAAUUACUUGGAUUGGGAUAAGGCGGAAUUCAGUAAAGCAAGUUUCUGGAAAAAGUUUACAGCUGUAAUUGUCACUUCCAGUGCAAUAAAUGUUUUAAAAACUGUAACAGAUUUUUGGCAUUACAAUAGUGAUGGCCUCCUACCAAUUCUGAUAUUGGCAUAUUCUAUUGGGUUAUACGGGUAUAUUAGAAUAUUUUCUAAAGAAACACAUUGCGUGGUUGAGGUGCAAUCGGAGAAUCAAGUACCUGAUUUACGUUUAGACGUUGGCUGGCCAGAACUUGAUAAAUAUUGUAUGAACAUUGACUUAGUAAGUAAGGAUAAUGCGGAAAUAGCAGAGUUACCAUUUGCUACAAUUCUUCGUCGGGCUGUGUUAGAUUCAUCUUCUAAACCUAUAAAAACGGAAUUAAUGGAAUAUCUACAGCACUUACUUGUUAGGAAUGGUGCAAUUGUGUCAAAUCCUUAUUUGAACUUUGUUGAAGCUGAAAAGCAUAUUCAUCUUGCCUUAAGAGACUCACGAGCAAUUUCAGAGAAUAUACUGCGGCUCAUUAAUAUAAUACCUAAGAAUUUAAAAAAGGUUGAGGACCCCUUUAACAGAUCCUUCUGGAUUUUAAUUGAGGCAUUAAGGAAAUUUUUAUCUUACCAUAAACAACUGCCCUUGGCGGGAAAUAUACCAGAUAUGGAAUCAAGUACUGUAAAAUAUUCAGAAUUAAAGGCAUUAUACCAGAAAAAAGCGCGCGAAGACAUGCUUCAUCUGAAAUCCUUGACAAAACAUAAUAUUGAAUCGGAUAUGAUAGAACUGUUUUCUUAUAAUGUAAGAAAUAUAAAGGUUGUUAAUUUUUCAGAAGUAUUGAGCCCUGAAGGUUCAAUUGAAAUCCUAGACGCUCAAAAAGAAGAACUUGCACCUUUGCUGCAGGUUUUGAUAGCUGACCAAUUUAAUUUGAGCGUCAAACUUAAUGAACCAUCCCAUUUGAAUUAUAUAGAGAAGGUGCAGGCGACAAAAGGUAAAAACCUUUACCCUGUUACCGCAAUGAUUGGCGGAAUGGUUUGCCAAGAAAUUAUUAAAGUACUUACUCAUAAAUUUGUUCCACUUGAGAACGCUAUCGUUUACGAUGGUCUACUAAAUAAACUAGAAUCAUUGAAAAUGUGA